UCCAGAGGUCCCACGGCCAUAUGAGAUAAUUAGGUCGUGGCUGUGCUCGUGAGCUUACACUCGAACGCUCGGUAUACUUUCGUACAACGGUACAUGGCCUCUUCAUCUGCUGUCGGGAAGCUUUCACGAGAGGAAUUUCGGCGUCAGAAGGACCUCGAUGCAGCUCGAAAGGCCGGUACCGCACCUGCGGCUUUGGAUGAAGAGGGAAAGCCCAUAAAUCCUCAUAUUCCCCAAUACAUUUCACAGGCACCUUGGUACUUGGAUACUGGUGCCCCGUCCCUCAGCCAUCAACGACGUGCGGAAGAAAGCGAUCGCAUCACCCCUAGUCUCGACACCUGGUAUGACAGAGGAGCAACUGCUGGUCCUGCCGCAAAAAAAUACCGUAAGGGAGCUUGUGAAAACUGUGGUGCAAUGUCACACAAAAAGAAAGACUGCUUGGAAAGACCCCGCAGAAAGGGCGCCAGAUUCAGCAACAAAGACAUUAAAGCUGACGAAGUCAUACAAGAAGUGGAGCUGGGAUACGAUGCCAAAAGGGAUAGAUGGAAUGGGUACGAUCCCGCAGAGCACAAGAAGAUAUACGCGGAAUAUGCAGCUGUAGAGGCGACGAGGCAGAAAUUGCGAGAGGAAGAGAUUGAUAACCAAACGACGACAGACUUAGCGGCAGUGAGGAAGAUGGCCAAGGCAGGGAAGACGGAGAAAAAAGAGGAUGCUGAUUUUGGUUCGAGUGACGAAGAAGAUGCAGAUGAAGACAAAUACGCUGAUGCCGCGGACGCAGUCGGUCAAAAGCUUGAUGCGAAGACACGAAUAACUGUUCGAAAUCUUCGUAUCCGUGAAGAUACUGCCAAGUACCUCAUAAAUUUAGAUCCUUCAAGUGCCUACUACGAUCCCAAAACACGUUCCAUGCGUGAUGCUCCCAACAAAGAUACAGCUCCAGAAGACGCCAAAUUUGCUGGUGAAAACUUCUUCCGAUCUAGUGGUGAAGCUCCUGCGGUACAACAACUACAACUUUUUGCCUGGCAAGCAGCCGCUCGCGGAAACGAUGUCCAUCUGAACGCCAAUCCUACACAAGGAGAACUUCUUCAUCAAGAGUUCAAGGAAAAGCGGCAGGAGCUCAAAGAAACUUCGAAAGGUAGCAUAUUAGCCAAAUACGGAGGGGAGGAGUAUCUGCAAACUGCACCAAGGGAGCUUCGGCAAGGACAGACGGAAGACUAUGUCGAGUAUUCGCGGACUGGUCAGGUUAUUAAAGGUCGCGAACGUGCAAAGGCGAGGUCGAAGUACCCAGAAGAUGUUUUUGUCAACAAUCAUACAUCUAUCUGGGGCUCGUGGUAUGACGCUUCAUCCGGUACAUGGGGAUAUAGCUGCUGUCAUUCCAACGUCCACCUGUCAUAUUGCUCUGGUGAAGCGGGUAUCGUUGCUACAGAAGCUUCAAACGCCCAAAAUCUACUCUCUGCUCCCUCCGAACCCAUCGCACCAUCCCCAGAAAUAUCGACAUCUAAGACAGUGACUUCACAUGAGAAAGUCGAACAAAACUAUUCGAAGAAGCGUGUUGGAGAGGGGGAAGUUAAAUUGGAUAAGAAUCGACUGGCGCGAGCUCUUCAGGAAGAGAAGAAGCGUGCUAGAGGUGACGAAGAGGAUGAUAGAUCUGGCAAGAGGGUAAAGGUCGGCGGGUCUCAUGAUGUCACAGAGGAGGAACUUGAGGCAUAUCGGAUGCGGAAAACAAUCACGGAGGAUCCAAUGGCCAACUAUGUCGAUGUACACGAUUAGUUUACCUUGUACUUUAUGUUCAUAAUAUUGAAUUGUACUAUACCGCUU